AUGCACCACAUCGACAAGAAGGAGCUCCAGCAGUGGUACAAGGGCUUUACCAAGGACUGCCCCUCGGGCCAGCUCAACCAGGAGGAGUUCGCCCGCAUCUACAAGCAGUUCUUCCCCUUUGGCAACCCAAAGUCGUUUGCCGAGCACGUUUUCAAGGUCUUUGACAAGAACAACAACGGCACGAUCGACUUCAGGGAGUUCAUCGCCGCCCUCUCCAUCACGAGCCGAGGCAAGCUCGACGAGAAGCUCCAGUGGGCGUUCCAGCUGUACGACAUCAACAACGACGGCCUCAUUACGUACGACGAGAUGCUCAAAAUCGUCCAGUCGAUCUACGAUAUGACGGGCGAGAUGGUCAAGCUUCCGCCGGACGAGGACACGGCCGAGAAGCGCGUCAACAAGAUCUUUGCCCUCAUGGACCUCAACCACGACCACCAGCUCACGUUCGAGGAGUUCAAGGAGGGCUCAAAGAAGGACCCGACCAUCGUCCAGGCGCUCUCGCUCUACGACGGGCUCGUCUAG